UGCCUCGCCAUCACUCAUUUGAUCUCUGUGGUGACACAACGUAGUGGCAUUAGCGAGAGAACUUUUUUUUAAGGAACAGCGAGUCGAAAAUAACACGUCUUUCAUCUUCGGCAAGGCUUAGUGUUAAGCAGAUUUAAAUGUUGGACGUUUAAGCCAUUCUGACAAAAAUAUUUUUGAGUGGACACUUUGUCAAGGAAAAUAAAAAAUGAGCACUAAUACGCCAUAAGAUGACUGUCCUGGUCGUUCUUCUCCACAACCUUCUUCAAAACUACCUCACAAGACCCCUGUGCAGUAUUUCGUUAAGUACUGUGGAAAUACUCCAGAAUAACACGAGGAGAGAACCUUGUAUUGACUAAAUGGAUGAAGGAGCCAUCUAAAGUUGUACUGUACUCUUCAGUGGGUGACCAUUGACAGGAUGCGUCCUCCUAGCCGGUCAGAAGUGAUGCCUCAGUAUGUUCACCAUUUGGCCCCAAAGUCCCUGCCUGAAAUCACCCAUGCGACUCCACAACGAAAAGAUUCCAAACAGAGAUGUGUUAAGUAUACUGUGGUUGCUGUCAUCUGCUCGCUGCUCCUCUUGCUGCUGGCUGGCAUUCUCCUGGCCUAUUACUAUUCCUCCACCUGUGUGCAUGGAAUACCAUGCGGUGGUAAUACAGGCUGUGUGUGGAAGUCCCAGUGGUGUGAUGGGGUGGUGGACUGCCCAGCGGGCCAGGAUGAAGCUUAUUGUGUAAGACUUCAUGGCUCCAGUUUCUUGCUUCAGAUCUUCUCGACUCACACCAAACAAUGGAAGACUGUUUGUUCUCAUGGCUGGACAGCCCAAUUGGCCCAAACAAGCUGCCGGGACAUUGGAUACAGCGGGAGCACAAGUGUUACAUCAGGCCUACAUCAGGUACAUUCCGAUGAUGGGUUCUUGAUGGUGAAGUCUGACCCAAACCCUCACGUACCCAUAGUCCAACAGGUUGCUUUCAGCAACUACUGUCCGAACAACACUGUGGUGACAUUGCUAUGUACAGAUUGUACCGGAGGCAUAAACUCCAGCAGGGUUUUUAGGAGCCAGCAGGCCUCCCUCGGGGCCUGGCCGUGGCAGGUCAGCCUGCAGCUUGAGGGUUCCCACCGGUGUGGAGGUGCUAUCGUUUCCCCUUACUGGAUUGUCACAGCGGCUCAAUGUGCGGUAAUGACGUCCAGUCCUGGAGACUGGUCAGUGUAUGCGGGGCUUGUGGAGCCUUUGGGCAUUCUCUUUAACCCCGCUCACGCUGUGAGCCUUGUCAUUGCUCACGAAGGCUUUGACGGAAUCACUCACAAGAAUGACAUUGCUCUGAUGAGACUCAGCAAACCUCUAGACUUUACCUCCUCCAGUAAUGUUGGUCCCGUGUGCCUCCCAAAUGUUGGUCUUAACAUCUCAGUCCCCGUAAAUGGCUGGACAACAGGAUAUGGUGUUUCACUCAAUGGAGACUCUCCAUACCUGGUUGAAGCUCAGGUCUCUCUGAGGGAUGCUGCGGGAUGCAACAGCUCCACAGCUUACAAUGGACAAAUAUUGAAGGAGAUGCUGUGUGCCAAAGGGGUGCAACCUGGACCGGACGCAUGCAAAACUGACAGUGGUGGGCCUCUGGUGUCUCAGAGCGACGGCUUAUGGUGGCUUGUUGGGGACAAUAUUUGGCCAGAAAGUUGCACCGACCUGAACAAGCCAGGUGUUUAUAGCAACGUCACCUUUUUCUUGGACUGGAUAUACCAUCAGAUGAAGAAACAUCAAAAUGACUGAAGACAUGCAUGACCACUAAUCGAACGGAAGAUGUUGUUUACUAAUGGUUUAAACGUGCUUCCCCCCCCUUCCCCAUCAUUGCCAACAUAGUGCAAGUUAUUUCCAUAGUACUUUCUCCUUUUGUAUUUGUGUGACCUAUACGUUUGCAACCCUUUAUGUUCCGUCUUUCUGAAAACCCAAUUUGAAGAGUUAUUUUGAUUUAGUUAUCCCUAUUUUACAAUUACUCCAAUUUUACAUAGUGGGCACGGCCAUAAUCUUUAAAGCUGCUUUAUUCACAUUUCAGGUGUUGCGUAGCUUGCAUAACUUCAGACAUGGAUAGUGCGUAAGAUUCAGAUGUCUCGCAGAUAACGAAGGCCGAAGUGGCUUCAUAUCACACAUUAGAAAAAAAUAAAUGAUCUUUGCCAGAUUUCAUCCAUCCAGCCAUUUUCAACACCACUCAUCCUGGUUAGGGUCACGGGGUGCUGGAGCCUAUCCCAGCUGACUUUGGGCGAAAGGCGGACUACACCCUGAACUGGUUGCCAGUCAGUCGCAGGGCACAUAUAGAGAUGGAAAACCAUUCGCACUCACAUUCACACAGUGGGAACUGAACCCAUGCUGCCCGCACCAAAGUCAGGCGAGUGUACCACUACACCAUCAGUGACUCGCCAGAUUUCAUAUCAUAGUAUUGUUUUCAAUCAUGGCCAGUCUUGUGAUUUGUCAAGACAGCAGAGGAUGGUAGAGGAGCCAAAUAUUGCACUCAAGUAAGAGUACUGUUACUUUAGAAUAAUAUGACUCAAGUAAAAAGUAGUCCUCCAAUUACUUGUGUAAGACUAAGAAAGUACUCAGUGAAAAAACUACUCAAGUACUGUGUAACUCGUGAGUAAAUUCUGAUUUAUUUUAAUCAGAGCAUGAACAUCGAAUGAAAUAAUUAAAUAAAAUAUGAAUGUGCGAAUUCAGAUAUUGCGGAACAAUAUCACUUAAUCUAAAUCAUAAAAUAAAAUCUUAGUCAAACAACAAAUUAAGGCAAAUUCACUUCCAAGAAAUGGUCUUAUACUAAAAAUUGUUUCUACUUGUUAAACUGCACAAUACUGUAGGCUCACCAGGCAGAUUACAAAAACAGGAACAAGGCUGCAAUGGAUAUAAAAAGUAUACACAACCCCUGUUCAAAUGGCAGGUUUUUGUGUUGUGAAAGAAUUUUGACCAAGAUAAAUCAUUUGAAAACUUGUUCCACCAUUAAUGUGACCUAGAAUUUGUAAAACUCAACUGAUUUAUUUUUGUAUCUUCUUGAGAGGGGAGGUGAAAAUAAACAACUGAAAGAAACUUGAA